AUGGGCAAGAAGAAGGACAAGUCGAACAAGGGCGAGAUGGUGGUCGUCGAUGUGUACUGCAAGACCGAUGGUUAUGUGACGGUCAAGUACGGCAAGAAGUCGGAACAGUCGCAGGUCAUCAAGGCUACCAUUCAUCCUGAUUGGAACGCUCGCUUUCGGUUUGAGGCAAAGUCAAAGGUCAAGAGUCUGACCAUGAACGUCAUGGACAAGGACGCCUUUUCCAAGGACAACUUUCUCGGCAUGCUGGUUGUCGACGAUCUCGACGACGACAAGUACCGCGAUCCGAGCCGGGACCGCAAGUGGAACUCGCUGGUGAACAAGAAGGGCAAGAAGGACAAGCCGCGCGGAAAGGUCCAGUACACUAUCCGCAUUCUGUCGGCCGACCACAAGGACGCGGUCGGCCCGUCGUACGCCAUGCUCAACGUCACCAAGAAGAGCAAGUCCAAGGACAAGAGCAAGGGCAAGGGCAAGAGCAAGGGUAAGAAGGGCAAGCGCAAGCACAAGGCCGGCAGCGACGACGACGAGUCAUCCGAGACCCCGGUCGUUCGGCCGGAGGAUCGGUUUUUCGACGGCGCGUCCGAGUCGGAGACCGACGAGGAGGAGGCCGUUCUCCACGCGCUCGAGCAAGCCGAUCUCUCGCCAGACGAGGAGCAGGUUCUGAUGGUCAAGGCUGCCGAGAAGCGGGUGGCCAAGCUGCUGCGCAAGGCCGAAGCCCGCGAGCGCGACGGCGACGGGGCGCAGGUGGGAACCAGCGAGCUCCCACCGCCGCCGGGCUACGCCGCGGCGGCGCUCGGGAUGCCUGCCCACGCCGGCCGUGGCGGCGCACACGCUGGCCCGCCGCUGCCAGACCCGCUCCGGCCGUAUGCGGCAAUGCAGGCGCGAAUGCGGCAGGACCUGGUCGACUUUGCAGCGCACCGGACGUCGGCGGCCCGGCUCGCCCGCCGCGGCGAGCGCGACCGCUACGGCCUCCCACUCAUUGUCGGCUCGUUUGGCUCGAUCCACGACGUGCGCAACCCACACGGCGUGGCCGGCCCGAACACAUCCGCCACCCGCUUCCGCGGCCCACCGCUCGACCGCGACGGCUACCUCGUCGACGUCCCGGACGUCCUCGCCAAGUACGGGGCGUACGACGCGGGCUGGGCCGGCGCCGCAAGCCCGCACCGCCACACCCGCAGCUACCGGAUGGCCCACCGCAGCCGCUACCUGCGGAUCAACCCGGACGACCCGGCCGCCGGCGAUCCGGCCGCCGGCAAGUACGUGUACCGGAUUGUCGAGUAGAGGCAAGAGUAGUUCAAUUCAACAAACAC